ACCUCUUUCUUCUCAUAUUUCUCUCUUUCUGAUCAAAAUCUUCGAAGGUGGAUGAAGUCAUGAACUCAAGGUCGCGUGGUGGAGAAUAUGAGCUGGUCGUUUCCGGACGACGGAUUUGGAGAGCUUCUACUAGCAUGACUGCCUUAUGUGAAAUAGAAGAGUUGCCCAUUGCCAACGAUCGGAUUGAGCCAUCGAAAAAAAUCAGAGAGGAACUGAGGAUUAUCGAUUUUUGGCUUGCGAUGAACGGCCGCUUGCGUUCUCAGAAUCAGAAACUUGAGGACGAGGAGAUGCCGCGCUGGUUUUCUGCGUCGAAACGAUGGGACGACUGUGACGAGUGAAGACGAGAUACAGGAGGAUCAUUCUACUGAGAAAGGGCAGGCGAAGGAAAUUUGUAGCGGCGUUGGUGGAUUCUGAGGCAAAAUGGCUUCAGAGUAGCACCAAAGCAUUUGCCGAAAUCUCUAGCGUUCGUCCAGAUUUCAGAGCGACUCAGGAUUUUUGAAUUGUACAAUCGGACGGUAAACUUUCAGUGCUGCUGCCAACAUAGGCGCCCCUAUUUACGGCUUGGUCUUACUAAGGGAGUGAAUUGCAGGUAUUGAAAUAAUCACGAGUAUCGGACUGAUCUUGUGAUGCAAAAAGUUACCAUUGAUUUCGCGGUUUAAAAUGCAGGUCUCAUCUUUGAAAUACGCUCUAUAAUUUUACCAUCCAGGUGUCAAUGUGGAUUCACUUUAUGCAUAUAUGUUUAUUACACAAAGUCAAUACUUCAUUGUACUUAUCAUCAUCCGCGUAGGCUGA